AUGUCCCGCUCCCUCCGCCGGCUCAUGAAAGAAGCCUCGGAGCUCUCCUCCUCCCCCUCCCCGCACUUCCACGCCGGCCCAACCUCUGACUCAAACCUCUUCGACUGGCACUUUACACUCGCCGGUCCGCCACCACCAUCUCCCUACGCUGGAGGGAUCUACCACGGCCGCAUCGUUCUCCCAGCCACGUACCCGCUCCGCCCGCCCUCCUUCCGCUUCCUUACCCCUUCAGGCCGCUUCGAAGUCAACCGCGAGAUCUGCUUGAGUAUAUCAGGGCACCAUGAAGAGUCGUGGCAGCCGGCGUGGGGAAUCAGGACUGCGUUGCUUGCGAUUAGAAGUUUUAUGGAAGGGGAUGCGAGGGGGCAGGUUGGAGGGUUGGAGGGGGUGAGUGAUGAGAUUAGACGGCAGUGGGCGGGGAUGAGUCGCGGGUGGUGUUGUGAGGUUUGUGGGGGGAGGAGUAAUGAGGAAGUUUUGAGGGAAUGGAGGGGAUUCUGUGUUGAGCAGGGAGUUGAUGUUGAGAAGGAGGAGGAUGUUGAAGGGGUGCCGGAGGAGUUGAGGAUUGGGAUUGGGAAGAAGGAGAAGGGUGAGGGCGAGGCAAAGGAGGGAGAGAAUGGUUCCGCCACUGCAUCUGCUGAUGGUGUGGUCAAUGCUGCUACGGACAGGCCGUCAGAUGGACCUACAACAGACGCCGCGGGAAAGAGCACGAAUACAUCCGUGCCAAGUGAGCCUGGCGAGAGUGCUGCACCUCCGUCAACAACGGCCCAAGCACCGGUGUCUGCAAAUACACGAGCACCGGUACCGAUAUCGCCAGCCGCCACACAACAGCAGCCACGACCGACCCUUACUAGGGCAUCAGCUCAGCCCGCGCCAGUGGCCUCGCAGGAUAGUCCAUGGCUGGACCGGGCUAUAUUCGGCGUGCUGGUCGCGCUGAUUCUGAUGAUUCUGCGGCGGUUUGUCAACGUCGAAGAUUAG